CCCUUGUCAGCCAGGACUCUCCCUCCCGGCGGUUGUUGUUCCGCGGCGGCGGCGGCGGCGGCAGCAGUAGCGGUAGCGGUAGCGGUAGCGGCGGCGGCGGCAGCAGCAGCAGCGGCAGCAGCAGCAGCAGCAGCAGCUCCCUUCCCUCAGCCGAGGAGUCGGCUGGGCCUGGCGGGGCCUCCCCCCCGCCGGCCCCCGCCUCGCCUCGGGCCCGUCAGUGGCGAUGGAGCUGGAGGUGCCGGACGAGGCGGAGAGAGCCGAGGCGGGGGCCGUCCCUCCGGAGGCGGGAUGGGCUGUGGAGAGCGGGGCGGCGGCGUCCUCGGCGACAGGUCUGACACAGAAGAAGUCAACUGUAAGUGAGUCUCCAAUGUUGUCUGGACAAUCCAGUGGACACGGGAAGAAGCUAGGUCAUCGGGGAGUUGAUGCUUCUGGAGAAACCACCUACAAAAAGACCACCUCCUCUACUCUUCGGGGGGCCAUCCAGUUAGGAAUUGGCUACACUGUAGGCAACCUGAGCUCCAAACCAGAGAGAGAUGUCCUCAUGCAAGAUUUUUACGUGGUGGAGAGCAUCUUUUUCCCCAGCGAAGGAAGUAACCUCACUCCUGCCCAUCACUAUGCUGACUUCAGAUUCAAAACCUAUGCACCUGUGGCUUUUCGGUAUUUCCGAGAGCUCUUUGGUAUUCGUCCCGACGACUAUUUGUAUUCCUUGUGCAAUGAACCACUGAUUGAACUUUCCAACCCAGGUGCCAGUGGCUCCCUCUUCUAUGUUACUAGUGAUGAUGAGUUCAUCAUUAAGACUGUGAUGCACAAGGAAGCAGAGUUCCUGCAGAAGCUGCUUCCUGGCUAUUACAUGAAUUUAAACCAGAAUCCCCGGACCCUGCUGCCUAAGUUUUAUGGGCUCUACUGUGUUCAGUCUGGAGGAAAGAACAUCCGGGUGGUGGUAAUGAACAACAUCCUUCCCCGCUUAGUAAAGAUGCACCUUAAGUUUGACUUAAAGGGCUCUACAUACAAGAGACGGGCAAAUAAGAAGGAAAAGGAAAAGUCCAUCCCCACCUAUAAGGACCUGGACUUUAUACAGGACAUGCCUGAGGGGCUGUUGCUGGAUGUUGACACUUUCAAUGCACUGGUGAAAACUCUGCAGAGAGACUGCUUGGUAUUGGAGAGUUUUAAGAUCAUGGACUACAGCCUGUUGUUGGGGAUACAUAACAUUGACCAGUAUGAGCGAGAAAGGCAGGCAGAGGGAACCUCUCAGAGCACAUCGGAUGAGAAGCGUCCAGUUGGCCAGAAGGCCCUCUACUCUACAGCCAUGGAGUCUAUCCAGGGCGGGGCCGCCCGGGGGGAAUCUAUAGACACUGAUGACACGAUGGGUGGCAUCCCAGCAGUGAAUGGCCGUGGGGAACGUCUGCUGCUACACAUAGGAAUAAUUGACAUCCUUCAAUCUUACAGAUUCAUCAAGAAGCUGGAGCACACAUGGAAGGCUCUUGUCCAUGAUGGGGACACCGUCUCUGUGCACCGCCCCAGCUUCUAUGCUGAGAGAUUUUUCAAGUUCAUGAGCAACACAGUCUUUCGGAAGAACUCCUCUCUGAAAUCAUCACCAUCAAAGAAAGGUAGAACCACUUUGCUGGCAAUCAAGCCUUCUGGACCAACAGCUGCCUUCUCUGCCAGCCAGAUUCCUAGUGAGAGGGAAGAAAUGCAGUAUGACCUACGAGGAGCCCGGAGUUACCCCUUGCUGGAGGACGAAGGCAGACCUGACCUACUGCCCUGUACUCCCCCAUCAUUUGAAGAAGCAACUACAGCCUCUAUAGCUACAACCUUGUCUUCUACAUCCCUCUCCAUCCCUGAGCGAUCUCCUUCUGAGACCUCUGAACAUCCCCGAUACAGGCGCCGCACACACUCCUCUGGACAUGAUACCCGAUCCCAUGAUGAGGUCCAUGUGGAAGAGGAUCUCCAGCAGAUCACCGUUGAAGUUGAAUCCAAAUGUAGCAUUGAUGCCAUGGCUCCCCAAGAAGAGGCUAAAGGGGAAGAGGCUUCUUCUGCCUGCAUUAUGGUCACACCCCCGGCCACCGUGGAAGUGGAAACCACCAGCCAGGCCUCAGAGCCAGCCAGCCAGGCCUCAGAUGAAGACGAUGCACCUGUCACAGACCUCUAUUUUUUCACGGAUGGGAGGUACUGGAUUUACUCUCCCCGCCAUCGCCGACUCCGGGCCAUCGUGCUGUCCCCCUCCAAGACUCCCACCGAUGAGAGGAGCUGGGUUUACUCCCCACUCCACUAUAGCACGAAAGUCCACUCGGUCUCUGAUGAUGAGAGCGAUACAUAAUUUCUAUGCAGACGGGAAGCCUGAAGCCAAGCCUAGUCCCCUCUCCAGGUUGCCGUGUUACCCUUGUGUCGAUAUCCUGCCCAUCUGGGCUGGCCAUAAGGGAGUUUGCCGACUCGCUGCAGAACAGGACCUCCUCCGCC